AUGCCGAUUACAGUUACAACAAAUCCUGAAAUAUUAGAAUCUACUGAUGAUAAUGAAAUAAAUGAAUCAGAGUUAAGAAGACGAAGAAUAAAUAUUGAAGCUACUGAUAGGAUAUCAAUAACACUGUAUAUUAUUAAUACUACCGUUGAACCUGAUUUUGUUGCUGAACAG